AUGGCCUCACCUGUAAAACUGCCUGCUGGUGCUACUGAAAACUUCGACGUAAGGGAGAUCAGACUCCGUUUUCAGGUUUUAUCGGUAAGUAAAUGAAAGCACAAACAAAUUAUGUAAAUUGUACUUUAUAGUAACACGACUAAAGUAGUGCAUUUAAAUUAUUUGGAUUGGAUUGGAGAAUGAAGUUCUUAUGCAAAGUUUGUGUUUGGCAAUUAAAAAGUUGUACGGGAUCUGAUUUGACUGUUAUCAUGUGUUGUGGUGUAUUAUCUAGUGACGUGAAGAUCAUUUUAUUGGUAAAACAUUUUUGAAUAUAUAUAGUGGUAGGUAUUCCGGUAUUGAGGACAUGAUGAAGAACAAUGUUUUUGUGUGAACACAGUAAUACGGAAAUUCUUUGUUAUUACGUAGGUAGCAGCUGCAUUGCUCACUAUACAGAUGUAUGUGCAUCAGAGCAUAGAUUCUGUAGAUGUAGGAGUUACAUUAAAUGAUUUGCAUGUUAAUUAUGUGUCUAUUAUUGUUCUGAUGAAAGUAAAUGUAAGAUUUGUGGUUAAAUGUGUGUGCUGUUGUGGAGCAUCUUGAAAACUUAAAUAUUAUGCAACUGGACUGUGUGAAAUUCAGAAAACAUUGGCUACUUAUCCAAGAAGCUUCUCUAUUUCAGAAUUGCUAAUGUGAAUGUGUGUGUUUUACUGAGGGGCCCAGAAAACAACUGGGAGGUGUUGGGUCGUCAACUCUGGGUGUGUCCCCUUUUAAUUUAAUUGUUAACCUGAAAGAGUUAACAACUUAGAGAAAGCCCUCAAUGACCACACCCAGGGUAUUUUCAAUGACAACACACAGGGUAUUUCAUUCCAGGUGGAGUCUGAAUGUUAUGUCCUAAAGUGGUUUUUUAGGUUCAAAUGACCAUAAUUUGUGUUUUUGAUGAUGUUGUUAUGAUUAAUUAUUCCUUUUUGUUUUUUGUUUCAGUAUGCAAUAAAGGACGAAACCCUAGACAGGAUGGCCAUCUUCCAUGAAAGUAUGGCGUGCAAUACUUUUGCACUCACGACAACAGCAAGGAUGGCACGCCAACUAAAAGCAGCAGAAGAACGCUCUGCUUAUCUUGAAAGAGCAAUGACAACUCAAAAAGAGGAAAUUGCUCGCUUAAAAGACACCAACCUCACUCUAUCAAAGCAGUUAGAGGCAGCCCAAGUGGGUCUUGACAGCAUGUGUAAGUAUUUAUCAGUCAUGUUUGUCUUUAUAUAGGUGAAAAUUAUAAUGUUUUAUUGAACACGUUGAAUAAAUGUAAUAUGUAAUUCAUUUAUUGCAGAAGUAAUUGUUGUAUUUUUAUGUGUGUAAUUUCUUUUUGACUGUUUUGAGUCAUAUGAAUUUUUUGGUGUAUGUGUUGUGAUGUAUGUGGUCAGUCUAUCAAUAAUUGAUUAAGUGUUAUUUUAAAUGUGUUUAGGUGAAGCUGUUGGUUUUUUUGAUGAUGAAGACAGGGCUGGUGAGAGUGCCAGCAAAAUCUCAGGAUUGCAAAGUAUGUGGCAUUGUUUGUAAUUACAAAGAUGAAGAAGCCGAUAGAAUUCAAAAUGUGGGGACAACAAUAAGGUGAUGUGUGUGUGUUCAUUGUACACAUGUGGGAAUGUUGCAUGUCCUGUUUUUAUGUAAACUGAAAGUGAUAAUUUAAAACAUUAUUAACAUUGAUUUGAAUCAUUUUUAGGUAUACCACCAGUGGAAGCAGCUGACAAAGACCUCACCUCAGCUGAGAAAACAAUUGCUGGUGUCCUUGACGUAGUAGAGGAGGGGUGCACAUUAGAUGAUAACUGUGACUCUGAAGAA